UCAAAUUUAGAAAUAUCACAUUGAUUACGUCAAACUAAUAUUUUUCGAAAGCUCUGCUGAUAUCAAAAACCUAGUGUUUUCAACGAUAAUAUUCAACAAAACGUUCAAUUGCAGCUCACAUUGGAGGUAUGUCCGGAAUAACUACGGUCGCCGGUAUGCUAGCUACGAAAUACAUGCUAAACGCACAACAGCAGCCGAUAAAAGUUCUACUGCAAUACACAACCGUACGCUAUCGACGAAAACCUCGAUGGCUCGGUACGGCUAAGUCCAAAUUGUUCCGCGUUCCUGAAAGGAAGCAACAACUUGAGGAGGAGGUUGCUGAAUUGAAACGUCUUCACAAUAACUAUCACACCCAGAUGAAAGCCGUUCGCAGUUUCCUUAUAAAUGAAGUCGAGGCAUUCAAGCUAGUCUCUCGAGCCGGUAUGGUUAUUCAAACACAGGAAGAAGAAGCGGCCGAAUGGGAGGAAAUUCAACGGAUAAAUGAUGACUGGAAUAAGCAAAUCGCCGCUAUUCGCGACGAACGAUUGGCCAACGAGCGAGAACAUAGGAAUAAUUACAUAUUGGAGCGGCUGGCUGCUAAGGAACAAAGAGACCUCGAUCGUUUGAAGCUUAUUGAAGAUCGCGUACGAUACGAGCAGGAACAGGCAGUGAAUUUUAUUACAAAAGAAAACAUCGAUAAAGCGAUAGAGAAGGCACUAGUACAACCAAUUAGUUACAAUUUUGCUAUAGAUUCGAAUGGCAACAUACAUAGAAGCGAAAAAAUCGAAGGCGUCAAAGAUGAAAUUACUUCGUCUUAAAAUGGAUAUUAUGUAGUGAUAUUGAAUCAGUCUUAAUAAAAUGAACCAAAACUAACAUGGGUUUAAAACA